AUGGGGCAGCUAGUUUCCACGUUUCUGCCUCCGUGGGCGCGGCCGUAUUGGAACAGUAUUAUUGAGAAUCCUCUGAACUUAGCUCUCUUUGGCGUGUGCGUGCCGCUGGGCGUGUUUUUGCUAUGGCCACCCGAGUCGUCGUCUCCGCUCAGCAUGCCCUCCGUGAAAGAGGCGCGCUCUCUCAUGCCCACGGCGCAAUACUCGACGCUUCCAGCUGAACAUGCCAAGUCCAUCGAGUGGAUCCGGUAUACGCCACGGACCUUGGCCCUCCAUGACGGCACGCAAGGUGAGCACAGUCAGAUCCUCCUGGCGAUUGACGGGCAUGUGUUUGAUGUGUCAAGUGGGCGCAACUUUUACGGACCUAAUGGACCGUAUGGCAACUUUGCUGGACGCGAUGCGUCCCGCGGCAUGGCGAAGCAGUCGUUUGCUCUUGACGUCCUUACGCCGAUUGACCAGCCUCUCGAUACGCUCAGCGAUCUAACACCAGCGGAAAGACGGAAUAUGGAGGAGUGGAUCUCCCACUUCCGAGGCAAGUACCCCAUCGUCGGUCAACUUGUCAACGAAGGCGACGUAGAGACUUGCUAG